AUCAAUCAUUUCUCCCUCUCUGGCUGCAUUCUUGCAGCCAUUGAGAAAUACUGUGUGAGCUGUGAUUGGUCACAGCUUGUCACAUGGUACAAGGCUUUUGUGAAUGGCCUUGUACCAUGUGACCUCUGUGAUCAUUCACAGAUUUCACACGUAGUAAGCAAUGAUGUCACAAGUGACAUCUUGCUUACUACCAUGGAUCAUGGCCAAUUAGUGAUCACAUUUCAUGAUUUGUUUCACAGA